UGCACGGUUGUUGCACGGAACGGCCGUGACCGCGAGACAGAGAUCCGGCAGCCCCGACUAAGAACGGCUGGCGGCGCUUCGUGCGGCUAGGGCGAGUCUACCUCGGUGGUUCUACCAAGCUAGGGCACGGCGGCCGUCAGGGCUCCAACGAGCAACACCGGCCCUCUCGACAAGCGAGGACCUGCUCCGUGCAGCGGCACAAGAAGGCAUGGCAAAGGCGGGAGAGAACAGCUUUGAGGAUGAAAUCAUGGAGUCGGACAUCGAAUUGGAAGGGGAAGUUGUUGAGCCGGACAAUGAUCCUCUGCAGAAGAUGGGAGAUCCAUCAGUUGAAGUCUCUGAAGAAAUGCGCGACAAGGCACAGCUCUACAAAAAGAAGGGCGUUGAUGCGUUUUCAGAAGGUAAACUGGACGAAGCAGUUGAGCACCUGACGGAGGCCAUCUUGCUGAACCCCACUUCAGCUAUCCUCUAUGCAGCCAGGGCUGGUGUUUUUGUGAAGAUGAAGAAACCAAAUGCAGCAAUUCUUGAUGCGGAGGCAGCAUUACAGAUAAAUCCAGAUUCUGCUAAAGGAUAUAAAUCACGAGGGAUGGCGAAAGCUAUGCUUGGGAAGUGGGAAGAUGCUGCUCAUGACCUUCACUUGGCAGCAAAAUUGGAUUUUGAUGAAGAGAUCAGCUCAGAGCUUAAGAAGGUUGAACCCAAUGUACACAAAAUUGAGGAGCACAAGAAAAAGUAUGAACGCCUGCGUAAAGAGAGGGACAUGAAAAAAGCUGACUUGGAAAGACAACGUAGGCAUGCUGAGGAGGUUUCUGCUGCUUCUGCUGUUCUAAAGCCUGGUGAUGUGAUCACUAUCCACUCAUCUAAUCAACUGGAAGAAAUAUUUACAGCCGCGUCAAAACUGUCAAAGCUUGUGAUUCUGUAUUUUACUGCAACAUGGUGUGGACCAUGUCGUUUUAUGGGCCCUGUUUACAAAAGCUUAUCUGAACAGCACCGGAAUGUCGUAUUCCUUAAGUUGGACAUUGAUCAACAAGGCAAUAUUGCCCAUCGCUGGAAUGUCUCAAGUGUUCCAACAUUCUCCUGUGUGAUAAACGGCAAAGAGAUUGAUAAGGUUGUCGGGGCUGACAAGACUGGCCUUGAGAGAAAAAUUGCGCAGCAUGGCUCUCUUAAACACUGAGCUAUCAUGUUACUCCUAUGUUGUACUCCUAUGGACUCAACUCUUAAAUGAGCGCUUAUGAAUAAAACAUGACCUACAUGUGUGGACA